CCGGGCCCAGCUCCCUCACGGGCCCCCCGGCAGCAGCGGCGGCGGCAGCAGCGGAGCCCACCGCCCGGGCCCCGAUGAGUAACUCCCGGAAUAACCGGGUGAUGGUGGAAGGGGUCGGGGCCCGGGUAGUGCGCGGCCCGGAUUGGAAGUGGGGGAAGCAGGACGGCGGCGAGGGCCAUGUGGGCACCGUCCGGAGCUUCGAGAGCCCCGAGGAAGUGGUGGUAGUGUGGGACAACGGCACCGCCGCCAACUACCGCUGCUCCGGGGCCUACGACUUGCGCAUCCUGGACAGCGCGCCCACGGGCAUCAAACAUGAUGGAACCAUGUGUGACACCUGUCGUCAACAACCUAUCAUUGGCAUUCGAUGGAAAUGUGCAGAAUGUACAAAUUAUGAUUUGUGCACAGUUUGUUAUCAUGGAGAUAAACAUCAUUUAAGACAUCGCUUUUAUAGAAUUACUACACCAGGAAGUGAGCGGGUUCUGUUAGAAUCUCGUAGAAAAUCUAAGAAGAUUACAGCCAGAGGAAUCUUUGCAGGUGCCAGAGUGGUACGAGGAGUAGACUGGCAGUGGGAAGACCAAGACGGUGGAAAUGGGCGUAGGGGAAAGGUAACUGAAAUCCAGGACUGGAGUGCAUCAAGCCCACACAGUGCAGCAUAUGUUCUCUGGGAUAAUGGUGCUAAGAACCUUUACAGAGUUGGCUUUGAGGGCAUGUCUGAUCUGAAGUGUGUCCAGGAUGCCAAAGGAGGUUCUUUCUACAGAGAUCACUGCCCUGUUCUAGGUGAGCAAAAUGGUAACAGGAAUCCUGGUGGAUUACAGAUUGGUGACCUGGUAAAUAUAGAUCUUGACCUAGAAAUUGUGCAGUCUUUGCAGCACGGCCAUGGAGGAUGGACUGAUGGCAUGUUUGAGACUUUAACUACAACUGGAACUGUUUGUGGCAUUGAUGAAGAUCAUGACAUUGUAGUACAGUAUCCAAGUGGCAAUAGGUGGACCUUCAAUCCCGCUGUUCUCACUAAAGCAAAUGUUGUCCGAAGCGGGGAUGCUGCUCAAGGUGCAGAAGGAGGCACCUCCCAGUUCCAAGUUGGUGAUCUUGUACAAGUUUGUUAUGAUCUGGAAAGAAUUAAACUUCUACAGAGAGGACAUGGAGAAUGGGCUGAAGCUAUGCUUCCAACUUUAGGUAAAGUUGGCCGAGUACAACAGAUUUAUUCAGACAGUGAUUUAAAGGUGGAAGUUUGUGGAACAUCUUGGACAUAUAACCCAGCAGCCGUUUCCAAGGUGGCAUCUGCAGGAUCAGCCAUUAGCAAUGCAUCUGGUGAAAGACUCUCCCAACUCCUGAAGAAAUUAUUUGAAACCCAGGAAUCUGGUGACCUCAAUGAAGAAUUAGUUAAGGCUGCUGCCAAUGGAGACGUUGCUAAAGUGGAAGAUUUGCUAAAGAGACCAGAUGUGGAUGUAAAUGGGCAAUGUGCUGGCCACACAGCUAUGCAAGCUGCUAGUCAGAAUGGACAUGUUGACAUUUUGAAGUUACUUUUGAAGCAAAAUGUGGAUGUAGAAGCAGAGGAUAAAGAUGGAGAUAGAGCAGUUCACCAUGCAGCUUUUGGAGAUGAAGGUGCAGUUAUAGAAGUACUGCACCGAGGCAGUGCUGAUUUGAAUGCUCGCAACAAGCGCAGACAGACACCACUUCAUAUUGCGGUCAAUAAAGGUCAUCUUCAAGUUGUGAAGACUUUACUGGACUUCGGCUGUCAUCCCAGUCUCCAGGAUUCUGAAGGCGAUACCCCUCUUCAUGAUGCAAUAAGUAAGAAACGUGAUGAUAUCCUGGCAGUUCUUUUGGAAGCUGGAGCAGAUGUUACCAUCACAAACAAUAACGGAUUCAAUGCUCUACACCAUGCUGCACUCAGAGGAAAUCCCAGUGCAAUGCGUGUUUUACUCUCUAAAUUACCAAGACCUUGGAUUGUGGAUGAGAAGAAAGAUGAUGGUUAUACUGCCUUGCAUCUGGCUGCCCUUAAUAACCAUGUAGAAGUGGCUGAACUGUUAGUACAUCAGUCUUCCUGCAUUGGGCUAACAACGGGCAUCAGCCAGCAAGGAUUUCCAAGAAUAGCUGCCACCGUCAGAGAAGGUAACGCAAACCUGGAUAUCCAGAACGUGAACCAGCAAACUGCCCUGCACCUUGCUGUUGAGCGCCAGCACACCCAGAUUGUUAGGCUUUUGGUCCGUGCAGGUGCCAAACUAGAUAUUCAGGAUAAGGAUGGGGAUACUCCUUUGCAUGAAGCUCUCAGACAUCACACUUUGUCUCAACUUCGACAGCUCCAAGAUAUGCAAGAUGUGGGAAAGGUUGAUGCUGCCUGGGAGCCAUCCAAAAACACACUAAUCAUGGGGCUUGGUACCCAGGGGGCAGAGAAGAAGAGUGCAGCAUCUAUUGCCUGUUUUUUGGCAGCCAAUGGUGCUGACCUUAGCAUUCGGAAUAAGAAGGGCCAGUCACCACUUGAUCUCUGUCCUGAUCCAAGUCUCUGCAAAGCACUGGCAAAAUGUCAUAAAGAAAAAGUCAGCGGUCAAGUAGGUUCUCGGAGCCCUUCUAUGAUUAGUAAUGAUUCUGAAACCUUAGAAGAGUGUGUGGUGUGCUCAGAUAUGAAGAGAGAUACUCUUUUUGGCCCCUGUGGUCAUAUUGCUACCUGUUCUUUAUGUUCUCCACGAGUCAAGAAAUGUCUCAUCUGUAAAGAACAAGUUCAGUCCAGGACAAAGAUUGAAGAAUGUGUGGUAUGCUCUGACAAGAAAGCAGCUGUUCUUUUUCAACCUUGUGGACACAUGUGUGCUUGUGAGAACUGUGCCAGUCUGAUGAAAAAGUGUGUGCAGUGUCGGGCAGUCGUUGAACGAAGGGUGCCUUUCAUCAUGUGCUGUGGAGGGAAAAGUGCCGAAGACACUGCUGAUGAUAUUUCAAGUGGGACUAUUCCAGUGUUACAGAAGGACAAGGAUAAUACCAAUGUCAACGCAGACGUGCAAAAGCUGCAGCAGCAGUUACAGGACAUUAAAGAGCAGACCAUGUGCCCUGUGUGUUUGGAUCGUCUGAAGAAUAUGAUUUUCCUCUGUGGUCACGGAACGUGCCAGCUCUGUGGAGACCGAAUGAGUGAAUGUCCUAUUUGUCGCAAGGCUAUUGAGCGAAGAAUUCUUUUGUAUUAACUAAGAAGCACCGUGUAUUUUGUUAGUGAAAGUAUUUGGUCAUGAGAUGUUAGUAACCUUUUAAGCCAGUUGGAGGUUCCAAUGAAUUAAUUUCUGAUCAUCAUAGUUUCUUCACUAGAGUGUAAUGAGACUACGUAUACCAGAACAAGAAAAACCCCUACAAAACAGUGUUUGAAACUACCUUGUUUUGCUUUUUCUGAUUUGAAGAAUCAAAUCUGUGUAAUUCAUAGGUAAUUUACUUUUAGCUUCUAAGGGUAAAAUUCUGUAACAAUCUCCUAUUAUUUUUUCUUUCCAUUGCAUUUCCUCUUACAGUUCAUAAAUUAGACCUCAAAAGACAUAAUUCCUUGUAAUCAGUUAUCCUUCAGUUUACCAUGAUUUUAUAUAGUGAGUUGUCAAAGGUAUUUGGAAAAGCCAUGCAUCAAAUUAAAGCAGCAAGUCAAACCAUUAGGUUCAUCUAUAUUAAAUGAUAAAAUUAUAGUCUAAGUUUCAAAUAUUUAAGGGCAUAUUUCUAUAAGAUAACAGAGUUUUCCAAACAAUUGUUUCUAAGUUUUUAGAGUAGACAGAAGCAUAGAAUGAAAGAAUGACUUUGCAUUUAGCCUAUUUUCUAGAUAUAAGAGGAUUGUUCAACUUGAAUCAGAUUGCCAGUUUCAAAAAGACUGAUACACAAAAAAAGGCAAAAUAAGCAAUCACAGAGAAGACUUGAAGGGAGAAAAGCAUCCAAUGAAAGAGCACCUAUUAACUGAUAAUUAACCAGUAGCCCUUCUCAUAUUAACUGAGAAAAAGUGUACCUCAGUGUUCCACACAGCUACCCGUCCAGGCUUGAUCUGAGCAGCGCGAUGAUCUUGCCCUGUUUGGGCCUCUGAGUUCCGUUCAGCUUUUCUAAUGUACGGAAUAGUGUAGUACCCUAUGGCCUGAGAAGGAUGAUGCAUUGACCAAAGCCAGCAGUCUUUUCUUCUCCAGACUUAACUAGUUCUUACAGUGUUACUGAUCCUGCCUUCGUCGUAGGGCUUCUAUUCCCUUUCAGUCAGUGGGACUUACUAUAAAUAGUCUCUCUUUAUACCUACAGAUGAGGAUAUUAUCUGAACUGCCAACAGUAUCAAAAGCAUAGUAAGUAACCUCAUAAUAAAUACUUUGGAGAGAAUGACCGGGAUAUUUACAGAAAUAUGUCUGAUUGCCUGUAGAUUUUUUUUUUUUUAAACGUGACCUCUGACUCUAGAGUAUCUAAUCAUUUCCUCUUCUUUGAAUGAGUAAAAUCUUAAUACGUCUAGGAAAAAUGAAGUACAUUCAGAUUCAUUGCUGCUAGAUUAUGAAUAUAUUAGCUGUUGGCAGUAGUAUGCUAUAUACUGUGCAUAAGCUUCUAAGGAUAGGCAGGUAUCUUUUGUAGUUUUUUCCCCCUUUUGAAUCUGGCUAGCUUUUUUUAUUUCAUUGUUUCUACUACAACAACUAAAUUUGAAAGUAGAAAGUCUCUAGACCUUAAACAUCAUGUUUCUGGCUGUUUGAUUGCUGCUGCCUUAGGCAAGUACUGAUAAAAGUAAUGGUGAGCUUUGCUGUCUGAUUUUUCAGUCUGAGCAGUUCUGUAUCUUGUGUUUAGCUUUGUAACUGUUAUUACUUAGAACAGUAAAAUUUGAAAAUUUAUUUUGACUCUACUCGGUUGUCUAAUAAAGGGCCACCGAGGUUAUUUUUUAAACCAUAUUUUGAAGAUCUAAAAGUGACCGAUGAUGUUCAUAUAGAGAAACAGACUGUCUUCUUGCAGGUUUGGAAACACCUUAAAUCAGGAUUUACCUUUUCUUCAUGCCGUAGGCCAGCCAUCCCUGCACUAGAUCAAGUGGUAAAGAAGGGGCACCUUGCAGACUUGGUAAUAGUUUGGCCAGCCAGAGAGUUGAAUGGUCUGCAGCUCUGCUCUACACAUCCUUUUUAUUUAUCUUCUGGACUGCAGUGCUAGAACUUGUAUCCCUGAAAGAUAAUUUUAUCUUCCAGACUAGUUUAAUUAUCCCUUCAUAUUAAAAAUAUGAAAAUGUAUAAACGUGCAUUACAAAAGUCAAGAAGUCACUAAUUCUAGUGCUAAAUACUUGUGGUUUUCCUGUAUUAUACCACUUUGAGGUUUGUUUUAUGAAUAGGAAAUAUUUCUAUAUUCAUGUUUUCAAGCACCUGAAAAACUAUUUUAAAUUUUUGAGGGGUUUGUGAGAGAGAAUAAAAUUAAGAACUUAAAUCGUUUAAGUGACUUUCCUCCAACUCUGUGAAACUGCUACCUCUUAUUGUGUCUCGGAGCUGUACUUUUCCAGUUAGGAUAUUUCCUUCGCACUGUCACCUCUUUAUCGUGUGCCUCAAAAGAAUUAUUUUCCUAGAAUCAUCUUUUUAAAAUAACUGACCUGCAUUCAUUCAAAAAAAUAUUUAUUGGGUAACCACUAUGCUUCAGGGGCCAGAUACACAAAAUUAAGAAAAAAUGGUCAGCAUCUUAGUCCAUACAGAAUUUCUUGUGCAGCGGUUGUAUAUAUGCAGUAUUCUGUAGUCAAAAGGAAGGAACCCAAGGAUACUGAUAACAUUGCUUCCUAGUGUGUCGGAAGAGUUGUCAUUAAUGCAGUGGUAUUUGGGUUCUCUCUCUGUCCUCCCUCACUCCUUUAAUCUUCUAGCUAGGAUUAUCUGUUUUGUUACUCAAAAUGCACACACAGAGUUUACCAGAUGGUGCUAUUCUGAUGGUUUUUGUUCACAUAAGUUAACGUUCUUCUUAUUGCUUAUACUAUUCUAUAUACCCAAUACGUAUUUAAUUUUAUAGGCGCAAGAAGAUUUUUCAAGCAAGAUCAUUUUGUAUUAGUGUAGGAAUAUUAUAUUAGACAAGCAUUCAGUUUAGCUGGCCAAAUUAUGCUUGAUUAAGAUAUUUGUAAUUUUAAACAUCACAAAUUGAGCAGCUAGCUACUGAGGCAUAGAUUAAUUGGCAAAUAACUUUCUUAAAUUUCUGUCUUUGACUAUAGGCUUUAAGACCAUUUUAGCAUAUCGAAGUGCAUGCUACUUAAGAUUUGUCCCCUUCAAAUUCCUGUGUUUGAGAGCUUGCUGGGUUGUUGCUACAUAGGAGAAACCUGUUGUCUAGUUACUUGUUGCCCAAAUGCUGUUCUUUGUUUGUUCUCACAUCUGGACCCUUACUGGACUAGGAAGUAGUUUAUCUUAUGAACUAAGAGAAAUAGGGGGUGGGAUAGGAUAGGGAGGGCAGUGGGAUUAUCAGAAGUAGGAAAGAGAAAAGUCAGUGUUUGAGUGUAGAGGAAAAAAAGGAUCAUGUAGAUUUCAUCAAGGCAGGAAGUUGAGAGAGUAUUGAACAAUAAAAAAAAACUUAUCAAUUUCUAGAGCAGUUUAAUGGACAAUUACUAUGUAAAUUUAUAGGCUUUAAUAGAGCUUGCUUUUUUUAAAAAAAAAAAAUCCAAAAGGAAAAGCACUUAUCUUUCAAGUGUUUAAAAUGUUUUAUAGUAAUAAUUGGUGUAAAAAUUGAAUUUUGGAAUAGAAUUUUGACCAUAUAGAAAUCAAGAAACACCUGAAUUAUCUUAAUAGUUCGUGUUUGCAGGACCUAAAGUCAUGGUAAACAUCAAGUUUCUAAAAUUUUGAGGAUGACUGCAUUUCUUCUGUUAUUCCCAUUCAUUAAAGUAUCAAUAACAAUGAUAAUUAAGUUUUGAAUGUGUCUUAAUUGGAAAGGUUUGUUAUUUCAUCUUGAGCCAGAGGGGAGAAACAAAUUUUAAACAUUAGAAUUAGGUUAGCUCUGAAUUUGUACUAAAUUGGAAAGGUAAUAGAUUUUCACAAAUUAUGUGUGCCUUUUUGUUAAAAAUGUCAGUUUUCUUUAGUCUGCUUGUAAAAGUUUAAAAUAUAUUUUUGUCUCUCAAAAAAGCCAUCUAAUUUCAUUUGCUUGAAUGUUACGAUAGGAAUGCUUACUGGUAUUACUUGAUAAUCAUAUAUAGACUUGGAACUUUAUAUAUACACAUCUGUAACUAUAGCAGUAUUAAUUACAGUUGUACUUCUUUAAAACAUUAAAUUUGAGGAAACUAAUUCUGUCUCGUGUACAUUGCUUUGCUAUAGUGAGGGAAAACUCCUUUGGAAUGAGCCUCAAUUUACUGAUAGAUUUUUAGUAGUAGAUGAAAAUACAUUGCAAAAAUCUGAACUAGAUAGUGAAGCUGAUGAACUGAAAUUGUCAAUUGCUACCUUGGCAUUUUCUACCUCCUUUUCUGUCAGAGUAUUACACUUUGCAGCAUUUAUUCUUAUUUGUGAGUACGUAGGAAAUGAGAACCUGAGGUUACAACUGAGAUUUUUCUUUUGAGAAUUUAAACAGAGGUACAGGAGAAAUGACUCGUCACAGCUUUUUGGUGCCUCAGUCCAUGACCAGGAGUUACAGUUGACGAGUACAAAAUGUGUAAGACAGACAGUACUGCUGAGUAUUUCAUUUUUCCUGUACAGUCUACUUGAUUUUGUUUCAUAAACAUGACUUCUUUCCUCCAAAAAGCAAAAUGGUCUUGUAAUUUUUUAUAAAACAAACCUGUGCCAUUUUGUCUGAGAUCUGUAAUUUCAGGAAGCAGUUGGAAGUUCUGACUCAGGGCUUUUACAGUUUAAGCAAUUGUCACAUAUACUUUGGAAAAAUCCAUCUACAUAACUCUUCAGUGCCUUGAAAGAAUUACUGACUUGGCAACAAGCAUUAACCCUUUAGAGAAAAUGGUCUUCAGUGCGUGAGCAUCACCAUACACACGUUUGUAAGUCGUGUUGUUUGGCUUGUGUAAUUGCCAUACUGUAUGUGUGCUGGUUUUGGGUAAUGCUUUGAAGGAAAUUUUCUAGAUUUGCACUUGGUAUUUGUUUCUAAAAACUGAUUAUUAAUGGCCAUGACACUGUUACCAGAAAAGUAAUUGUGUUAAGUCGUUAUACAAAGUAGCGUGAGUAGCAUCUGGGAAAAGGAGACAGAGUUCGUACAGAUAGCUAUUUCAGUAUGAGAGAAAGAUAUCUGUGGUAAACACAGAUUGUCCUCCCCUCAAAUGAAAAAAAAAAAGAUUGGGUUUUUUAAAAACCUUUUUAAAAGAAAAUUAUGAAUUGCAUGUCAUUCUUCAUGCUAGGCUUGCUUGGGUUGAAUCUCGGGUACUGUUUUUCUGCUAACUUCAGUAUGCUCGUGCCAUUCUAAAUGCAGUGUAUUUGGUGAUAGAAAGCAGUUUUAUUGACUCAGAGCAGUGUUUUGCUUUGAUUUUUCCAGUGUUUUAAACUUUUACUGGCAGAUUAAAGUCUUGUUUGUGAAUAGAGUUUCUGUAUGGCGAAUGAUUCUUACUAGCUUUUGUUUUAAAAAAAAAAAAAAUGUUUAGCAGGAGCUAAGCUUUUUAAAAUAAAUGCAAACAUUUUACCAUCAAUAAAACCUAUGAUGUAAUAUUAUAUAAGGCUGUACUCUGAUCUUUUGAAAACUAUUUUGUAUAGACAUACAAAUGAGUUUUGAUUCUGAAGGCAUAAAACAGAUCUCAGUACAUCAAAUCCGUUAUUGGAAAGGGACUCAUGUCUUAGAGAAACAAGGGACUACAUCCCCAACUCAGUAGAAGAAAUGGGUGUCAACAGCUCGAAGACCUUAUUGCCGUUGUUUACAUUUAGAGCAUAUCCAUCUAAAGGGACAUAGAAACGCUUCCUGUAACACCUCACACCUUUCAGGAUGAAGCUGGGUUGUGACAGCAGUCCGAGGAGGAUAGGUUUGAUACAAAGUAAACGAGCCUGUCAAGGAGACUCAACUUCGUUCUGUAAAAAAGUUUAUUCCACUUCACAACACAGAUGUAGAUUUCGUUUUCAGAAGGUACACAUUUUGAAACAGUGAUAUAAUUGUUUUGUGACUGCAUCGGUAUUCGGAUGGUUUGAGGGCUGUUUAUCAAUUUAAUAGAAGCUCUUUUUUUUUUUUUCUUGUGAAACGAUCGGUAGGUAGGUUGUCUAGUUCCAGUUCAAAAGAUGAAUUGUGUGUAUCUUGGAUGUUCAGGAGGAAGAUCAUCUGAAGCAAAAUCUUCUGUUUUAUUUGAAAUAAAGCAUACGUAUUCCCACUUUAAAA